GCCUGACAGGCAGCAGCAGUUUCUCUGAGCAGCGGAGUCCAGUGUUUGAGGGCGGGGCUGCAGAGUCAGACACAUCCCUGAGCAGCUUCUGUGGCUGCUGUUGAAUCCACAGGAUCCAACUUUACUCAUGCCAAAGACAUAUUUCACUUCUUCACCGACCACCCGCCGCCUGCUGAGAGCCUCAUCACCGCCACACCCUCAGUCAGAGUGCAGCAGCAGCAGCAACAGCAACAGCAGCAGCAGCAGCAUGACACGAGUCGCCCUGCUAGUUUUGGCUCUCACAGCAGUCUGCAAUGGCAUCCUCCCUGAGAUAGUGGACUCAGGCAUCAGUCACAUCCUGGAGGAUAAUCCUGCCCAGGGACAGACGGAGCUGGACCGCAUGUUUGUGGAAGUGGAGCAGCUGCCAGAUGAUCCGCAGCAGAAGCCUGAGGAUGCAUUUCAUCAAACGAACAACGAGAGUGUCAGUCCCAGCCCUCAUCCCAAUAACCUUCCUCCAAGUCAUCACAAUGAAACUGCAGCUGAUAAUGUGAUUGAUAACGAGUCUGUCCACACCUCAGCAGAGCAGGAGACAAACAACAUCACUGUGACCGCAGCCGUCCAGUCCAGUGACCUCGGGAACAAUAUUGAUCAUGGAUGCAUCAGUGAUGGGGACUGUGGGAAGGGAAAGUAUUGCCUUUCUGACAAACGCAACUCCAAGUGUCUGCCUUGCAAAGCUGUGGAUGUGUCCUGCACUAAGGAUAAGGAGUGUUGUGGUGAGCAGUUGUGCGUAUGGGGUCAGUGCACUCUGAAUGCAACCAAAGGAGAGGCUGGCAGCACUUGUCAGUACCAGACCGACUGCAGCCCAGACCUCUGCUGUCUUUUCCAUAAAGCCCUGCUCUUUCCCGUCUGCUCGGCCAAGCCCAUUGAGCGUGAGCGCUGCUUCGGUGCAUCCAACCAUCUGUUGGAGCUGUUGUCCUGGGACACGCAGGACGAGGGACCCAGGAAACACUGUCCCUGUGCAGGAGGUCUGCACUGCCAGCACCUGGGGCGAGGGUCCAUGUGCCUUAAAGGAGAGGACUCGAGUGAAGAGGACCUGACGGACAGUCUGUACUCAGAGAUAGACUAUAUCAUCUAGACACAUUUGAUUCAAUUCACAUUGCCUUGUAAACAACUAGACAGGAGUCUCCACUGACUCCAGAGCUUCGCUGCAAAGAGCCACUGCACUUUCUGCUUGCCAGCUUUACCCAAAGUGGUGAAGCUACACAGCAUGGAAAAUGGAUGAGAAUAUAUUUAUUUCAUUUGCUGUAAUUGCGACCUGAGGUUUACAAUCCUUAAAGGUUUCUGAAAAUGUUGAUAUAAAUGUCACUAACCAAAAACAGGAAACACUAUAUUUUCAAAGUCCCGUGUGAUACUAAACACUGGUUUCUUGACUAUUUGCUGCAUCUCUAUAUUGUACUACAACUUUAACCCUUAUCUAAUUAUAGAGUGCUACAAUUAAAAUUAACCCACAGUAGCAGCUCUGAACACCUGAGUAUCCAGCCAGGUACAAUAAUGCUUCAUGUACUGUGUGACUAACAAUACAGUAUCACAGAAGCAAGCAAUAAUAACUGUAUAUUACACAUAUAUUUAUCUACAGAAGUCAACACUACCAUGAGACGUCAGCAGUCUCUGGUAAAAGAUUCUGCAAAUAUUUAAUAUUUAAAUCGCUGCUACCAAUGACUACAACAGCUAAUUUGCACCCUUUUACAUGUCUGAUAAAACCUCAAAGUUUGUUUUAGAGUAAAUUAAUAAUUCUGCCUGCGUCAAUAUCCUAAAGUUGUUUGUAACAAAGCUUCUUCCCCACAUGAUGUUUGCUUCACUCUAGCAAUAUCUGCUUUGCUGCUUUGAGGACUAUGUUUUUGCCAACACCUGGGCAUCUAUUUUUAUGGCACAGAGAUGACUUGUUAUUACAUGCACAACAAGAGGAAACACACAUGCCAUGUUAUGGCAAAUCCAUCAGUUUUGCCUAAUGAGAGUUGAGUCACUGAAACAUUGCACCAUUAAAAUCAUUACUUUUGCAA